UGUCAUUUUCUGUUACAUAUACUGACAAUAUAUCCGAGAAUAUAGGAGAAAACGAUGCACUGAAUGAUAUGUAUGCGUUCAAGAAUAAGUUUAUCUCAAUCAUGGAUAUAUAAUUUGCAUUGUCAGGCUAACAAGGAACCUUGGCUAAUACUAGGGUAAGCUUAAGCUUAGUUCAUUAACGAGCAGGUCUCCAGGUAAUGCCUUACAGUAACGUGCAGAUCUAAUAUUAAUAUACUUAGGAAGGCUACGAAAAUUCCCGUUAUAUGGCAAACUGAUGGCGGGGACUCGUUAGUGAUCUUGGAACUUGUUGUUAGCUAACUAGAAAGAGAUCUGACGAGACGGAAUUAGAUAAGAAAUAUUGGAAUUACUAUUUGAUCACACACAAGUGUGUUUCACUUAAUUAAAAUCAGUGUAUAUGUGAUUGGAUUCACGUUGUUUUGUAAAUGGAAUACAUGUGAGUAGUUCUGGAUAGUCUUGCAGACAAUACAAACAAUAAGUUUAUACUAUUUUAAUGGAAAUCAGGAAUGUUAAGUGUAGGCGUUAAUAACAGUUUAUUUUCACAAACAAUGCCUUGUAAUGCUGAUGAUUUGACUCGUUACAUACAAGCAAGUUACAGCCAUGCUUCCAUGCAUAUCUUUAUAACGAUAUCAGCAGUGGCUGCAUUCAUUGGGACUAGACAUGUUUUAUGUAAAAUACGCAAGGAAAUGGCAAAUCUGACGGUUAUCAUCAUUGGCGCUGGACCAAUCGGACUAACGUCAGCACUAAUUGCAGUACAAUGUAAGCGGGUCCAUAGACUGGUCAUCUUUGAAGAAGAGAACCGUUCACACGUGGAAAACCGGUCAUAUCAAAUAACUUUACAGCCUUCUUUAGUGUCGUUCCUGAGAAGUUAUGGAGUUGACUUUGACAAUCUGGAAGGCAUGUGGCAGGAUGGCUGUUUCUACACACGUGUUGGCAUCUACCUGGAAUACAUCAUGCAUGUCCUGCCACUGUACAACAAUAACAUAGACAUCAGGUUUGCAACGAAGUUUAGCCGCGACAGUAGCAACGCCGUCGACACCAUAUCAGGAAGGAAGCUGGUGAUAUGCUGUGAUGGACGUGCGGGCUUAGCGGGCCAGAUUCUAGGUCUCAGUGAUGAAUGUGUCUAUCGUUCCACUGGGGCCUUCGGGGCUCUCGCUGCUAUCGAACGAAACAGCCAAACCCUUGUACCAAAACCUGAAAUCCGGGUCCACAAUAUUGGAUUCGACAUAUCUGCCUACGUGUCAUCAGACUAUGAAGAAGAUUCAAAAUCCAAAUUUACCUUGAAAAUAUUUGGAAACUCAAGGUGUAGAUUUCUUGCCCUUGCUGUGAGGAAAUCCGAUUCCAAAGUUGUCAAAGCAUUGAAAACAGUGUUGGACAAAUCAAUGAUGCGCAAUAUAUUUCUCAAAUGUUUCAACAUGUACAAACGAUCAGACGAAGCCAGUAUCAGCGAUUCGUACUGCCUUAACAAUAUGAAGUUUAGCCCUCGUCUUUUCGAGAUCAGACUCUCUCAGAAGACGGAAAGCGCCGCCUACAUAACUGACUGUGACUUAUUCGUUAUCGCAGAAGGGGAAGCAUCGAGAUCGUAUAACUUUAACACAGGAAUGGACAUAAACCUUGGAUUAAAAGGCCUGUCGUCGUUAGAACCAUUUAUAGAACGAAUAACAUUAGCAGAAACAGAGUACAAUAUAAUGUCAUCACUUAUAUACAAAAUGGAACAUUCCGAUAAAAUAUGUAGACACUUUCUAAAGUUUGGUUUAAAAGAAUAUUUAUUUUUGUGAUAUUCAUUUUAGAUAUGUUUUUUUCUCAUGUAUUUCAUUGUGUCAGAUCAUAUAAAUAUCAAUACUCUA